AUGGCCAACAGCUUUUUCAUAAUAGGCAUGAUCAUCUUAACACAGACCGUGGUUGGAAUUCUGGGGAAUUUCUCACUCCUUUGCAGUUAUAUCAUCCUUCACUUCAUGGGUUACAGGUUAAGGUCCACAGAUUUGAUCCUUAAGCACCUGAUUGUGGCCAACUCCUUGUUUCUCCUCUGUAAAGGGGUCCCCCAGACAAUGGCAGUCUUUGGGUGGAAGCAUAUCUGCAGUGAUUUUGGCUGCAAACUUCUCUUCUUUCUGCACAGAGUGGGGAGGGGAGUGUCCAUCAGUAGCAUCUGCCUCUUGAGUGUCUUUCAGACCAUCACGAUCAGCCCCAUGAACUCCUGUUGGAAGAAUCUUAAAGUCAAAGCCCCAAAGUACAUCGCCUUCUUCAUUUCAUUCUGUUGGAUCCAGUGCAUGUUUGUACAUCUCUUUUUUCCUCUGUAUGCAUUAUAUGUUUCUGACAAAAGGCACAGCACAAACAUGAGAAAUACAAGAGAUUCGGGGUACUGUUCUGACACAGAUCUUGAGAAAAUCUCAGGCUCAAUAUAUGUAGCUUUGAUAGUGUUCCCUGAAAUGUCAUUUUCUGUGCUCAUCUUCUGGGCCAGUGGCUCCAUGAUUCUCACCCUGUACAGACACAGUCAGCGAGUCCUGUAUAUUCACAAGGCUAGUGUGUCUCCCAGAUCCUCCGCUGAGUCCAGAGCCACCCAAAGCAUCCUACUCUUGGCGAGCACCUUCAUGUGUUUCCACACCCUGUCCUGCAUCUUUAAUGUUAGUUUUGCUCUUUAUCAUAAUCCCGGUUCAUGGUUGGUGUAUACAACUGGCCUGAUUUCUGUGUGUUUUCCCUUUAUCAGCCCCUUUCUGCUCAUGAGCCGUGACUCCAUUGUAUCCAGUCUCUGCUUUCUGUACAUGAAGAACUCAGUAUUGCCUAAUCUUAUCAGAAAAACGUAA